UGCCCAGAAAGCUAAUGGAUCGGAUUCUUUAUUGGUCUCUUUGUUAUCCCUCCACCGAGCCGACGCCACCGCAAUAUUCCGCUGUGGUGGUUUGCUUCAGAGUUCGGGAAUUAGACUUCUAGCCAACCCUGCACAGGUCCUCGACAACGCCGUCGUUCCGUUCUGGUGGCGGUGGUAGGUCUUCGAUGGCCGGAGGAAGACGAAGAACGAACCAUGCCAAAGCCAGCGAUAGCUUCAAGAAGAACAAGAGUAAUUCUGGCAGAAGAAGAUCAGACCCGUCAUCAAUUCGAGGAAAUUUGUUUGUUGAUGGCGGGUUUUUAUCCGAUUGGCAGUUUCAGUUAUCGCCGCCAAGUUCUGCUCGAGAGGGAAAUUCUUGGGCAAAGGGCAAGUCUGGUUCAAAAUCGGCUAAUUUAGAUCGUAAAAGAAUUGCUUCAUCAAGUGGGACUAAACAAGCCAGUGGUAAUGCUAUUGGCUACGAAUACCCUCCUGCUCCGAAUCAGGAAAGUUUUCAUUCGGAAUCCCGGGGUCUGCAGUAUGAUGCAGAGUGUAGCUUGGACAACUCACAGCCUUUUAUAUUACUUAAUUCUAUGAAUAAUCAAAUUGUCGCAUAUGUAGAUGAAAACCCACCAUUAAAGGCAGAUAAUUUGGAAUUUACUUAUGAUUAUGGUACUAGUUUUGUGUUAGGUGACAGUUCACAUAGAGGACUGGGGUUUCACGAUGAGGAUGAACUUGUUAAAAAUCAGAACACGGAUGAUGAUUCAGCCACACAAGUGGAAGGAGGAUUGUGUGCUGGUUCAUUAUCCUCCGAGAAGGAAACUGGUAAUGGUGAGAGGGUUAAUUGCAGGGUAGGGGUUGAGACAGCUAAUGAGAUGCUAGCAGAAGCAUCACCCUCCAACAAAUAUUCUCCAAGGAAUUCAGGUUUCUUGUCAAUUGGUGGUGUGAGAUUAUACACCCAAGAUGUAUCUGAUGAAGGGGGUGAUGAUGAUGGGGAGUCAUCUGACGGAAGUUCUUAGUACUCUGAGCCUCUAGAGUCAGAUGAAUCGUCUGAAAGUGAUAGCUCUGUAGAAAUGUCUUGCAGUGGUUCAGAUAUUGAUGACGAGGUGGCUGACGAUUAUCUUGAAGGGAUUGGUGGAAGUGAAAAUAUUUUAAAUUCCAAAUGGUUAAUAAAACAAGAGUUGGUAGAGUCUGAUGAUGAUAGUUCUAACAGUAGCCUUGAUGAUACUUUAGAGAAAUUAGGCGGCAUUGCUUUGCAGGAAGCAUCUAAAGAAUAUGGAAUUAUGAAAACUCCUUCAAGGAAGAAGAAAAGUUCUGUUGUUUCUAGAGAUCAUUGGUCAGCAUUGGCUCUAGAUGACUUGCUAGUAAAAGAUACUAGAUCUACAUCAGCUAGAAAGCAAAAGAAUGUUGCUCAUUUUGCUUGUUCUUGGCCUCCAAAAGCUCCAAAAUGUAAAUCUGCUAGAAAGUAUCCCGGUGAAAAGAAGAAAUAUCGUAAAGAAACGAUUGCAGCAAAGCGUCGAGAAAGAAUGCUUAAUCGGGGUGUUGAUCUAAUGGAAAUAAAUCUGAAAUUGGAGCACAUGGUUCUCAACAGAGAAGAUAUGUUCGCUUUCCAACCUAUGCAUCCCCGUGAUUGUUCCCAGGUACGAAGAUUGGCUGCAAUUUACCGCUUGCAUGGUGGGCAAGGUUCUGGUAAAAAAAGGUUUGUAACAGUAACUCGAACACAGCACACAGGAAUGCCAUCAGCAAGUGAUCAAGUCCGCCUUGAACAGCUAAUCGGAGCAAGAGACGAGGAUGAUGAUUUUCUUGUUGCUGAAGGCUCAAAUAUAAAAUCACAGGGCAGCAACAGAAGCAGAGAAAAGAAGAAUACCAAAGUUUGUGGUUUGCACACACUGGAGCUUGAUAAAUCUGCAAGUAGUAAGUCGAGGUCGAAGGGUUCUGCAGGUAAGGGAUUAAGUCAGAAAAUGACCGGCAAAAAAUAUGCUGACCAACCUGUCUCAUUUGUAUCGUGUGGAGUAAUGCAACCAGAACCAAUGGACGAGAAAACGACUAGCAAUUCUGAGGACGUAGAUAAAAGCAAGGAUAUCGUAGCUGCAUCUGAAAUGAACGAGAUGACCACUAGUGAUGUCAAGAAUAUGGAUAUAAGUAGGGAUAGUAUUGGUGCAUUUGAGUUGUACACCAAGGGUUUUGGGUCGAAAAUGAUGGCAAAAAUGGGAUAUGUAGAAGGCGGAGGAUUAGGGAAAGAUGGUCAAGGAAUGGCCCGCCCCAUUGAGGUGAUGAAACGGCCAAAAUCACUUGGGUUAGGCAUCGAGUUCUCCGAGGCCUCGACUUCUGCUGCUGGUGAUAACCAGGCAAGUCGGGUUUCCGCCGCUAGAUCUGGGUCCGGAGCUUUGGGAAAGUCCAAAAAAAUUGGUGCUUUUGAAGAGCAUACCAAAGGAUUUGGGUCGAAAAUGAUGGCAAAGAUGGGAUUUGUUGAAGGCAUGGGAUUGGGAAAAGAUUCACAAGGAAUAGUCAACCCUUUGCUUCCUAUCAGACGGCCUAAAGCGCGAGGGUUGGGUGCCAAAGGAUAGAUACAUACAAGAAUAACUAUUCGUUUCAUCAUAUUUGGUAAUACAUUCAUUCUCUUAGACGGAGUCAUUCUGUGUCGUUCCUCAUUAACGAAGUAAAUUUAGUCCUCUUGUUAUUUUUGUUGUUUCUUGUUCUCUUAAAUUAAUAAUGAUGGAAACAAAAAACUUGAUUUUCUUUACUAUUAA